AUGUCAACCACCGCGUCAGCUCAGAUGUAAGUCCACGAAAAACGAGCAGUCCGUUUAGGAACAAUGUCAAUUCCCUGCAGAAUGGGUUGCAUCGCUUCGAACGAGACGGAACAGGAGGCCGGAGAUGGGGCUCUGCCGUUCCCGGAAGAAAUGGUCAAGUUUAAGGCCGAGCGUCACGUCCAUUUCUCGGUGAGUGCGGGGAAAAGGUGAAUUUCCAUUCAAGUUGGGAGUUCGAAAUGUGUUCUAUCAACGAGCUCUAUACAGAUAAGAUAAUACAAUACGAUUUAUAUAAUCAGUUUCUAGUUAAGAGCCGUGGAGUAGCUGGGCCGAACAUUACCGAGUAUAUGGUUAUGGGUAUUGCGUGUGGCGAAGUUCACAUGUAACCCCCUAUAAGGUUCUAUAGUGCAAACUAUUAACAGUUCUCAGUCAGUGUAAAGUACCUCAACUUUCAGAGAACCUACCAAAUGCUGCUGAUUCCGAUGAACGGAGAGGAGGAGGAGGAGGAGUUCGACGAGCCGAACGAAAACGAGGGAGAGACCGACGAGAAGAACGAAAAGAAGCCUAAGUGA